UUGACUUUCGGGAUUAACGAAAAAGAUGUCCCUUCCUGCAUUCAUAGAGUAGCUGCUCAUAUAUCUCGAACCAAAUUAUGUAUCAAUGAAUAUCACCAUGUCAUGUGUAUAUGGCUGGUUUGCUUUUGAUUCGCCCAACAAGCCACGUGACUGGUAUCUCUGAGACAGCUCACGAACGAGCAAAAGGUUGUUGCCACCUUCCCAAGAAGUUGUUCCAAAGACAUCAACCUGCUUUUUGACAACGUGGCUUUUGCUUGUGGAAAUCUUAUUCAUAGCAUGGUGCUCGGUCUGCCUUGAAACCCAUAUCAUCACAUAUUUUUCCAACGAUUAUGAUUUUUACAUGGGUUCUAUUACAGUUCUUAUUGUCGUCGUGUCUUCUGCAUGUCAUCGAAGUCUCGUCCAUUGAAGAAAUCGUCACUAAGCCAGUAUCCUUGAUUUACUUUUAUGCACCCGACUGUCAAUACUGUCAGCUCUUCGACGAUGAUUUUCAGUACCUAUCGCAUAUUUACAGUGAAAAUUCCAAGUUUCAGAUCAUCAAGAUAAACGGGCGGGAGCAAAAAUAUUUCAAAGAGUUAUUUGAUGUCAAGCUGUAUCCUACACUUAAGUUGUACGAUCAUUUAAACAAGCAGGUUAUAACGUUCAAGGAUGGAAGACUGAUUGAAAAUUUGCAAGACUUCAUAAAGAAACACGCAGAAGUCGAGCCCGAUUUAACCCGAGUGAAACAAGAGUUAAAUGCUAUCCUGCUGAAGGCUGAUGUUGAACGGCUACAGAAGAUCGGCAGAUCUGUUCUCAUUGCUUUUGUCAGGAGGCAGGAUGAAUACUGGGAAAAGUACCACUAUCCAGAUCAUUUCUAUCAAUCUAUUGGUAGAAAUCAUCCAAGCAUUGAGUUUACAGUGAACUUUUUUGAAGACGGGGAAUUCGAAUUGAUGGAGCUAUAUCAUGUUAGCAAUAUACCUGCAUUGGUCUUGAUCGAAGGAAGCCACAUUGGAGUGUACAACACUCUCUCGACCAAUCCAAUGUCGAAUUAUAUGCUUGAUGCCAAUGAUGUCGAAGCAUUCUUAAGUGACUUUCAUAGCAAAAAAGAAGGGACAUGGUUUCAAGACGUUCAUCUGUUGGCUCGUUAUGCUGAAAGCUCCCAAUAUUUGGGACACAAGCAGCGCAAGACAGGCAUGAACUAUGUCGAAGGCGUUGUGAAGGGAAAGAUGUCGGAAUUAGGAAUUGAGGAACAAUAUCGUAUUUUGUUAGAUAAGAUCACAUUGUGACCGGUUGUUAUAGAAGUCUCUUACUUCACGAAUUCAGGGAAGCUAGUGGAUAGCUAGUGGACGUAGAUACGAAAAGGGGGGGGGGGG